UAAUUAUGGACUUUCUAUAUGAUUUUCAAGGGAAACAGUGCACACCUGGAGAUAGCCUAGAGUAGACGGCAUUUUAAGCUUCACCGUCGCGUUCCGUUAGCGUUCUCAGCCUAUAGCCGCCCCAAACUGCUGUCUAGCAGCCGCAGCACGCAAGCUUUUGAGACACAACAGUAGUCUUUCUCUCUCCCGUGCCUCUGGCCCUAGUUAAAUGCUGGAAUGUUUGGAUAUGCUCGUCAUAUCCGUCAUAUGCUCUUUCAGGAAGUUAUCAACUGAACAUUACACACAUAGGCUACUUUAUAUCCCUGCGGCAUCUGUCUGGUUCACAUACUCUCUGCCGAAUAGUAUUCCCAUAACUAAUAAUGAGAAUGAAACUAUCAAUGACAGAGUUCUGCACUUUACAGCAAAGCUGAGUGUUGUCUGUCUGGUCAACGUGAAGUUUGGCGAGAUGCGGCUCUACGGGCUUCUGCUACUUUCUCUUUCCUUCUGGAUGUCCCAUUCAGUGUUUAAAAUACCUUUAAAAAUGUUUGCGGGGAAGUUCAACGCGUCUGUGCAGCUGGACCUCAGGCCUUUGCGAAAGAUUGAAAGCGCAGUGGAGAGUGGUCUUUCCCUGGCUUCGGAUCCAGCUGGGAUCGUCAACUUUCUGGACAUGAUCAAUAAUUUAAAAGGAGACUCUGGUAGGGGAUAUUACAUGCAGAUGGUCAUUGGGACUCUGGGACAAACGUUGAACAUCCUGGUUGAUACUGGAAGCAGCAAUUUUGCUGUAGCUGCAGCAGCACAUCCCUUCAUCAUACACUACUAUAACAGAGCACUGAUGAAUUUUGUAUUUUUCUUCUCUCAGCCUGACCCAUCAGUGGAGCCCUUCUUCAACUCUGUUGUGAGACAGACCAGCAUUCCAGAUGUGUUUUCUCUCCAGAUGUGUGGAGCAGGAGUCUCUGCCAGCACUACAGCUGACCCGGCGGGCGGCAGUCUGAUCAUGGGAGGAGUUGAGCCAACCUUGUACCGGGGUUCAGUUUGGUACACACCAGUCUUAGAAGAAUGGUACUAUCAAGUGGAAGUCUUGAAACUUGAAGUUGGAGCCCAAAAUUUAAACCUAGACUGCAAAGAGUACAACUCGGAUAAAGCCAUUGUGGAUAGUGGGACGACUUUACUGCGACUUCCUGGAAAUGUGUUUAGUGCUGUGGUGGAGGCCAUUAUGCAAACAUCACUGAUUAAGGAUUUCUCAGCUGGAUUUUUUGAUGGCACCAAGCUUGCAUGUUGGAUGAGAGGCGAAUCACCAUGGAGGCUUUUUCCGAAAAUCUCAAUCUACCUCAGAGCAAUGAACACCAGCCAGUCCUUCCGCCUCACCAUUCUCCCACAGCUAUAUGUCCAGCCAGUCACCAAUAUCGAUGGCACAUUGGACUGUUUCCGUUUCGGAAUCUCCCCUUCAGCAAACGGCUUAGUCAUUGGAGCCACAGUAAUGGAGGGCUUCUACGUCAUCUUUGACCGCACACAAAAGAGGGUGGGCUUUGCUGUUAGCGCUUGUGUAGAAAACGGUGGUGUGCCAUUUGCAGAGAUCGCUGGGCCCUUCCUAGCUGAGGGCGUAGCGUCAGACUGCACAAGUGGCGUGUCUCUUAGGGAGCCGGUGAUGUGGGUGAUCGUGUAUGGUUUGAUGGGCAUAUGUGCCUUGGUUCUGAUCUUACUCCUCAUCUUGCUCAUACUGCCUUGCCGACGGUACAGAGACGGCGAGAUUACAGAUGAGUCCUCGCUGGUACGGCAUCGCAUCAAGUGACGUCAGGCAUCAAUGGAAGAUGAGGAGGCAGCAAAUCAGGGCUGAAGGGAACUCAGAGCAGGUAACGGGGGUGAACACACCGCACUGAGCUCUGGUGCGAUUUCUGCCAGAUCCCAUUUAUUCCUGUUUGUCUUGGUGGAAGAUGUUGGGAUUUGGACAUUUGUUGACACUUGUGGACAUUUAUGGUUGACCGAACUUGAAGAGAAUAAAACUACUGAAGAAUUAAGGAAUCAUGAUUAUACAUGUGAUUCUUAUAGAAAAAAUAAAUCAUAAAUAAAAGUGCCAAAAUAUGAGUAUCAAUACGACACUGAAGUGGAGUAAAUGGUGAUGUUGAUGCUCCAGUGUUUCUCCAAUGUAUGCUGCUCUUUUUAUUCUUAGUCUUCAAUGUAAUCGUGUAAAUAAAACUACUGGAAAUCAGCAAUGGGCUCUCAGGGGCCUAAAUGAGGUUUAUGGUUCAAUGAAGUAAGUUUAUUUACUGUUCUUAUCUAGUGGCUAAGGCUUCCUUUUAGUUGUCCCUAUUAGGAAUAGGAAUAAUUCACCCAAAAAUGAAGUCUGUCAUAUUCCUCUAUGUAGAUCCAAACCCAUAAAAUAAAAAUGAUUCACAGAGCGUGAUGCUGCACUUGCUUAUACAAUACAAUGAAAGCAUUGGGGACGGAUGCUAUCGUAUGGGCUUCAGAAGACUUGUAAUAUAGCACAGAAGCUGUAUGAACUAUACGGUUAUGAUUUUUUUUUUUCAUGAAGCAGUUUUCUGAUGUGACCUGUAUUCAGGAACUUCUGACGAAAAUAAACAACGCACAAUAAAAUAAUA